AUGCAGAGCAACGAACCCCCUCCCACAAAGGCAGCAGGAGGCUCAGGCCCUGCUCCCACCGAUGUCAUUCUCGCCAUGCAAGACCCAUACAUGACACAGAUAAUCGACGGGGUCAAAAAUUACGAGUUCAGAAAAUAUCGUAUCAACGCCUCCGUGCAAAGAAUCUGGUUCUACCGCACCGCUCCACAUUCUAGCAUCACGCACAUCUGCGAGAUCCUCCCAGCCGCAACACGGAACCCUGGAGACGCAUUACUGGCUGAGGACGGGCUAGGAAAUGUCGAGUUCAAUACCCGAGAUCCGGAAUGGGAUGGAUACGAGUUUGCAUAUAAGAUCGUUAGUGUUUAUGAGCUCUGUGAGCCGGUUUCGCUGCAGGAUAUGAAAGGGCGGUAUGGGUUUAAGGCUGCGCCGAGGGGGCUUGUUUAUCUUCCUGAGUCUAUUCGGGGGAGCGUUGAUUGGAAGAUGCAGAAAUUGGUAAGAGUCCUUUGA